AACAAAUACUACUAAAAGAUAUUGUCCACAUCUCCUUCCGCCUUUUGGUUUCCUGUUUGAUCCCCUUCUCCUCCAUAUUUUCCUCGCUAUACUCUUGCUGUCUCGCAUGGUCUUCGAUCUCGCCAAGUUCCAGGGUGCAUUUGGUAGCGCUCCGGUCGCUCCGCUCCGCAGGAGAAUCGGCGGGCGGAGCGCCACCAAACGGUGACGCACCCGCCCGAUUCUCGGAUGAAUCGACGGUGCCGCGCCGCCCGUGCCCCCUGUUGCCGGUGCCGCGCCGCCCGCGCUGUAGCCUGUAGGCCCGAGCUCCCUCUCGCCGGUGCUGUGCUGACUGCUUCCUGGUGCCGCGCCGAGAUCCCGGCCGCCUCCGCCGGUUCCGCGCCACCGGCCUGAGCUCCCUGUCGUUGGUGCCGUGCUGCCUGCGUCGUAGGCCUGCUCUCCCCUCCCACCGGUGCUGGAGCGAGAAGAAUCCCCACCAAACGGUGAUUUUGCGACAAAGGAGCCGAAGGGAGCGGGAGUCGAGUGAAGUCAGAGCUAGAGCUGCUGAGAGUUGGGGCCUUAUUCUCCGAUUUUUUUUUGUGCGGAUUUCUUGCCUCAGCUUGAUCUUAGUAGUUUGUAGGCUUCUCUUAUGCCCAAGAAUCUUAUGGUCCGGAUCUUUCUAUCCUAGCUUGUGAUUAAGGGUUAGCUAAUUUUUAAUCUUCGUCUGCAGAUCGACGCGGGUUUGGUCGCGGAGGCGUGAUCUUUCUUGUUGGUUAGGGUUCUUUGCGUUGCCUAUGGUCGGGGGUUCGCCUAAUUUAGCAGGCAAUAGAAUGUCGUGAGUUAGUGAGUGAACUGCAAGUUUGGAUCUUUCUUGCAUCAAAUGGUAGAGCAAGGCAAAGCACGAGGCACUCCGGCGAAGGCGAAGAAGUCGCUGCUCGUGGAGGCUGACGAUAUUGGCCAGGCGAGCGGAGUGGUGUUUGCAACAGAAUCACCACUGGCGCGCAAGAACGACCAAGGAUGCAGCGUCAGCCAUAGUCAUGGGGACAACGAAACGCAGGAAUCAGAUGGGGGUGUGCAAAAUGGGUGCGUCGAUUUUGGGCAUUCGCUGCAGCUGCUGCUGUUCUCGCGGCAGUGGUCUCUCGCUGAGAGUCUUAUUGCUCUAGCAGAUCAGCAGUCACUGCUGGAUUAUGGCCUGUCGGCCGCCCUUGACGCCAUAUGGUUCUUGCGGACAAAGAAGGAUCUUGAGGGACUCAAUGGUCUGAUAGCGAAGAUUGUGGCCUCGGGAGCAAAGGAUUUUGCAAGAGCAAUCCUCCGGAUGUCACUGCUUGCAUCUUGUGUUGCAGCUUGCCAAAGCAAGGCUAUCUCUGUGGGUGAUAGCAUGGAGAUCAUCGCUGAUAGAUUGCAUGAUCGCCUGCGGGAUUGUCCUGGUGCCGACCAUCUGAAAGUUGAGGCAGGUGCCAAAGUGCAGAAGUUUAUGGAAUGGGCUUUGCAGUGUAUUCAUAUGCAUCAUUGUUCUGAAGAGACACAAAGGUACAGAUGGAACUGCAACACUCUCCAAGAGGUACAGCUCCAUUUGUCAGCAUUUAGAGUCUUUUUGGACAUAGCUGGUGACAAUCUCAGUGGCAAGAUUUUCACCGAGGCAUUUGAUGCGGCCUGCUUCCCACUUACACUCUUCUCAAGUUUAUUUGAACCUGGAUGGUCUUCUGGGAAUUCAGCAGUCUCCAUUAAGGGACUUUUAUCAUUGCUAGUGGAAGGAGGUGCUGACAAUGUAAAUCAGUGCUUCCUGGAAGCAGCACGCUUUGGAAGUACUGAGCUUGUACGCAUUCUGUUGGAGAUUGCAUAUCAGAACAGCUUGGCUGUGGACAUUGACCUGGCUCUAGUGUUCGCUUCUCAUCACUGCAAGUUGGACACAAUGACAUGCUUGGUUGAUGAAGGGCAUGCAUCUUCUUUCCUUGGUCCUCUGAUAAAAGCUGCUGAGCGUGGGUGCUUGCAGGUCGUCCACUGGUUUGCCAGUCGAGGUGUUUCUGAGAUUGAGAUGUGCCUCGCCCUCAUAACCGCUGCCUCCGGUGGACAUUUCACAGUGGCAUCCUACCUACUUGAAAAGAUCCCGCAGCAGACCCUCGAAGCUCUCAGCACACAAAUCCUGAAAGCCGCCCGUGGCCAGGGCAGCGGGUCGCUCGAUGGCGUCGCCUUCCUCCUGAGGUCCAACUUCCUAAGAGACACCGCCACAACAUAUGAGGCGGCAGACCUCAUCGCGAGGGGGGCCACCAAUGGCGAGCCCCCUGACCUGGUCGCCUUCCUGAAAGAGCACUGGUCCAAGGCCGCCUUCAUCGAAGGGUUGAGCGCCGGCGAGGCACAUUUCGUGAACGUCAUGAGGGUCUUCAGGAGAGGAGCAUCCCCAGUCUGCCUGAACGACCUCCCAUCGCAGAUGGUGCUUGGCAUCGCCUACCUGCCGCUGUACCGGGCGUGUGUGAGCGAGGCGGGCGGGCAGCUGCUGCCUCAGAGACUGAGGGGCGAGCUGGUGGAGGCGAUGAGCCGGCUCGGGGAACUGGCUGGCGCGGAGAGCCAGGGGAAGGAUCUGGUGAUGGCUCUGGAGCGCCACAUGCCGUCCUUCUUGGUUGGGUCUUGAGAGGUUUACCAAGUGUAAAUAAGCUUAAUAAACAUUGUAUGGUCCUCAUUAAGUGGUGUAAGAGUGUAAAAUGCAGUGGGUACUCUGUAGCUGCCAAACUCCCAGUCUUCCAGUCCGGUGGUAGUGGCAGCAAUAGUUUUGGUGCGUCGCAGAUCUCAUGGUUGUGUACAAAGUGCUUUUGUAAGAAGAGAAGUUUGUCUAUCUAUACAUGCCAUGGUGCUGCAAAACUCUGGAUGUGUGUUGCCAACGCCGCCAGAAUGAUGCUUGAAAUGUAAACAGCAAGGAUCUGUUUGUUCU